AAUGGCUGCUCGCUAUAAGAAUGAUAUCGACAUUGCUAAGGCGGAAAGGGACUUUAAGAUUAAAAAUGCUGAAUAUGAUAUGGAAAUUCAAGGAAAGAAAGCUAAAUCUGAAUUAAGCUAUAGUCUUCAAGCUGCUAAAACAAAACAACUAAUCAGAGAGGAAAAUAAACAGGUCGAGGUUAUUGAAAGAGAUCGAGAGAUUCACGUUCAAGAACAGGAAAUUAUAAGACGGGAGAGAGAAUUAGACGCCACAGUUAGAAAGCCUGCCGAAGCCGAAAGAUAUCGUCUAGAGAAAAUUGCCUCUGCUAAUAAGAGUAGAGUUGUACUCGAAGCACAGGCCCAGUCCGAAUCGAUUAGAAUAAAGGGUGAAGCAAAAGCUUACGCUAUACAGGUAAAAGCUAAGGCGGAAGCUGAGCAGAUGGCGAAGAAAGCGGAAGCUUGGAAAGAAUACAAGGAUGCUGCUCUUGUGGAGAUGAUGCUUGAAACGCUGCCAAAAGUUGCUGAAGAAAUUGCGCAACCGCUGACAAAAACCAAAAAAGUAGUUAUGGUUUCCAGCGGAAACAGCGAAGUGGGCGCAUCCAAACUGACUGAAGAAGUUAUAGAUAUUGUAGAAAAGUUACCCAAAGUUAUUAAAUCUAUGACUGGUGUCGAUAUUACAACGGUUUGUAUAACUAUUCUAUUUUUAUAA